CCCUUUUAUCAAUUGGUUUACGAAAAUACGGUAUUUAUAAUUUCGGAUUUAAUUAGCCACCGCAGGCCGCCAGAACCGACAUCGUUUACAAAUGCAAGACCGCGGAUGCCAAUGCAAAAAUGAGCUGGAGCACCUAUAAAACCAAAAUCCGAUUGCCAAAAAUAAAUUAGAGAGCCAACUUAGUUUGCCCAUUGAAAUUACGCAUAUUCAGCAACGAUGGCCAAGACCGCGGAUACAAAAUCCGGCCGCAACGAUGAGUCGCAGCAGUUGCAAAUGCCCCCAGAGGCGGCGGCGUUGGGCGCCAAUUUGCAGCAUUUACAGGUGCGACGUCAUCGCCGUAGCAUCUCACAGCUGAUGGCCAGCAUGGUUGAAUACCCCACGGACGAUGUGUACCGGCCGACGCACUAUGCCGGCUACGUGAACAGAGGCUACGAUGAUAUAGACAGUUCCUAUUACUUUGCCCAGUUCGAGGCGAUGGCAGAGGUUCGCGGCGGGGCUUCGGCCCUUCCACCCUACACAACUACAGACUCGGACGUGGAACACGGUAGCGGGGAAGCGGAAGCCUCGGCGGAGGACUCCAACAUCGAGGACGAGGAAGAGGUGAUCCGGGAUUGCACGGACGAUGCGGUGGCCGAGCAACAGAAUCGCUGCCUGCCAGAGUUUCAGUUCUCGUUGGUCGACUCCGAGUACGACGAGACUCUGGCCUUUCCCGAUUCGGUGACCAUCCUGUCCAACGUGGGCGACAAGCCGGUGCUGGUGGAGCGCAAGGAGACGGACGACGAUGAGGAGGAGUUCGACGACGAGGAGAACAACAGCGUGGUGUUGCGCCACGAGAUACCAUUUACCAGUAUCUAUGGACCGAGCGUCAAGUUCAACUCGUUCCAGCGCAAGGUCUUCAUUCCGGGCCGUGAGAUUCACGUUCGGAUCGUCGAUACGGAGCGCAGCGUAACAACACAUCUGCUGAAUCCCAACCUGUACACAAUCGAACUGACCCAUGGCCCCUUCAAAUGGACGAUCAAGCGGCGUUACAAGCAUUUCAACUCGUUGCACCAGCAGCUCAGCUUCUUCCGCACCUCGCUCAACAUUCCCUUUCCCAGUCGCAGUCACAAGGAAAAGCGUACCACGCUGAAAGCCACCGCCAGUCAAAUGGCCGACGAGUCCACCCUCAAGGAUCUGCCUGCCCACACCAAAGUCAAGCAGACCAGCACUCCGGUGAGUGGCGAAGGUCACAGCAGCAAAAACGCCAACAGCAAUGGUAACAAUGCCAUGGCCAUCAUAAGUCCCAGUCACAGCUCGAUCCUGGCGGGAUUUACACCUCGAAGGAUCCAGAAGAAGCGCAAAAAGAAGAAGAAACGGAAGCUACCGCGAUUCCCCAACCGUCCGGAGAGUCUGGUCACCGUGGAGAAUCUGACUGUGAGGAUCAAGCAGUUGGAGGACUACCUAUACAACCUGCUAAACAUCAGUCUGUACCGAUCUCAUCACGAAACGCUGAACUUCGUUGAGGUGUCCAACGUAUCCUUUGUGCCAGGCAUGGGUAUCAAGGGCAAGGAGGGCGUGAUUUUAAAGAGAACUGGAUCGACGAGACCGGGACAAGCGGGAUGCAACUUUUUCGGUUGCUUUCAGAAGAACUGCUGUGUGCGAUGCAACUACUUCUGCUCGGACGUUGUCUGCGGAACGUGGCGCAGUCGCUGGUUCUUCGUGAAGGAAACCUGUUUCGGCUACAUUCGUCCGACGGACGGCAGCAUCCGGGCAGUGAUCCUUUUCGAUCAGGGCUUCGACGUGUCCACUGGCAUCUAUCAGACGGGUAUGCGCAAGGGAUUGCAGAUACUAACAAACAAUAGGCAUAUCGUCCUGAAGUGCUGGACGCGACGGAAGUGCAAGGAGUGGAUGCAGUACCUCAAGAAUACGGCUAACUCGUAUGCCCGCGACUUCACGUUGCCCAAUCCGCACAUGUCCUUCGCCCCGAUGCGCGCCAACACGCAUGCCACGUGGUACGUGGACGGCGCCCAGUACAUGUCCGCCGUGGCCGACGGCUUGGAGGCCGCCCUCGAGGAGAUCUACAUCGCCGACUGGUGGCUCAGUCCCGAGAUAUACAUGAAACGACCCGCCCUCGAUGGCGACUACUGGCGUCUGGACAAGAUUCUGCUGCGCAAGGCCGAGCAGGGAGUUCGCGUCUUUGUGCUCCUCUACAAGGAGGUCGAAAUGGCGCUGGGCAUCAACAGCUACUACAGCAAGUCCACGCUGGCCAAGCACGAAAAUAUUAAGGUCAUGCGACAUCCCGACCAUGCCAGAGGCGGCAUUCUUCUAUGGGCCCAUCACGAAAAGAUUGUGGUGAUCGAUCAGACCUAUGCGUUCAUGGGUGGCAUUGAUUUGUGCUACGGUCGGUGGGAUGAUCACCAUCACCGCCUUACGGAUCUGGGCAGCAUAUCCACAUCCUCCUUUACGGGCAGCACGCGUCGAACACCCAGCUUGUACUUCAGCAAGGACGACACGGACUCGGCCUUCGGAUCGCGCAAGUCCUCGCGGAAUGCCCACUACGAGAGCUCGGCCAAGGAGAGGUCACCAUCCCCACCGGCGGAAGAAGCCAGCACAAGUAUAGAAUUGAAGACGUUAAAACCUGGUGAUCGCCUGCUAAUACCCUCCAUGCUGGUUCCCAGUCCCGGAGAAACACCCGGUGAAACGAGCAUAGCCCUGGAGGGUAUGAAGCUCAACACACCCGAAAUGGAGCGCAAGAACGUGCUGGAUCGGCUGAAAAACAACGCGAUGAAGGGUGCUCGCCUGGGCAAGGACUUUAUGCACCGACUGACAGCCAACGAGGCGGCGGAUGAGAAGUCCGGUGAGGUGUUCACCAUCGAGUCAGAGGACGUUACGGACCACGAGAACGGUGCAAACUUGGCUUCGGGCGGUCAAGAGGAGGCUAUCACCGCCGGCAGCACGCAAAUACUCAGCGAAUUCUGCGGCCAGGCCAAGUACUGGUUCGGCAAGGACUACUCCAACUUCAUACUCAAGGACUGGAUGAACCUCAACUCGCCGUUCGUAGAUAUCAUAGAUCGGACGACCACGCCGCGGAUGCCCUGGCAUGACGUGGGUCUGUGUGUGGUGGGUGCAUCGGCGCGAGAUGUGGCGCGCCACUUCAUCCAGCGUUGGAACGCCAUGAAGCUGGAGAAGCUGCGCGAUAACACACGAUUCCCGUACCUAAUGCCCAAGAGCUAUCACCAGAUAAGGCUGAACUCCCAUCUCCAGCAGAACCGCCAGCAGCGGGUCACCUGCCAGCUGCUGCGGAGCGUCUCCGCCUGGAGCUGCGGCUUCAUCGAGGCCGAUCUGGUGGAGCAGAGCAUCCACGAUGCCUACAUUCAGACGAUCACCAAGGCGCAGCAUUACAUUUACAUCGAGAACCAGUUCUUCAUCACCAUGCAGUUGGGCAUGGGCGUGCCGGGGGCGCACAACAAUGUGCGGAAUCAGAUCGGGGAGACCCUAUUCAAGCGGAUCGUGAGGGCUCACAAGGAACGAAAGCCCUUCCGUGUUUUUGUGAUAAUGCCCCUCCUGCCGGGCUUCGAGGGAGACGUGGGUGGCAGUACUGGCAUUGCUGUUAGGGCCAUCACGCACUGGAAUUACGCAUCCAUUUCCAGGGGACGCACAGGGAUUUUAAACCGCCUGGUGGAGGCGGGCAUUGCCAAUCCGCAGAACUACAUCUCAUUCCAUAGCCUGCGUAACCACUCCUUCCUGAAUAAUACACCCAUCACGGAGCUGAUCUAUGUGCACUCGAAGCUCCUAAUUGCCGACGAUCGAGUGGUUAUAUGCGGGUCGGCGAACAUCAACGAUCGCUCGAUGAUCGGAAAGCGGGACUCCGAAAUUGCGGCUAUUAUCAUGGACGAGGAGUUCGAGGAUGGCCGCAUGAACGGAAAGAAGUAUCCGAGCGGAGUGUUUGCGGGUCGCCUGCGAAAGUAUCUGUUUAAAGAACAUUUGGGCCUCCUGGACGGAGAUAGUUCCAGUCGCUCGGAGCUGGACAUCAGCGAUCCGGUUUGCAACAAGUUCUGGCACGGCACCUGGCGCAGGAUCUCGACACAAAAUACAGAGAUCUACGACGAGGUGUUCAAGUGCAUUCCAACGGACUUUGUCAAGACCUUUGCCAGCCUGCGCAAAUACCAGGAGGAGCCGCCCCUUGCCAAAACAGACCCCGAGCUGGCCGCCAACCGAGCCAAUGACAUUCAGGGAUAUUUGGUCAAUCUGCCACUGGAGUUCCUCAACAAGGAGGUGCUCACGCCGCCCGGAACCAGCAAGGAGGGCCUCAUUCCUACCUCUGUAUGGACAUAGUCUGCCAAAAGUCUCAAAGAGACAAUUAGUUUUUAGAAUCCUAAAGUAGACCUCUUAAUGUUUAAUACCCACCAAAAGCGCUUAACUUGAACGCUUGUCAUUGCCAAGUCAUACACUUUUUAUAUUGUAUAUAAAUACCCGU